AUGAAGUCCGGGCCCGUGGGGAUCCAGGAGCUGGAGGGAGUCUGCUGGGUCGCCGAGUCCCGUCCCGGCUGCGGGGCAUUUGUCUGGGACCUUAUUGUGGAUUUACAGCAGAUGAGUGUGGUUCGUGACUUAAAUACUAUCUAUUCUUUCCUUCAUGGACUGGACAUACUCUCGCAUUUCAGGGAACAUCAGCUAAGAAUAAUGUCAUCGAGUGCCCGCUAUGAGAGGUACAAGGGCAACCAGGUUCUCUUUUGCUCAGAAACUAUUGCAAGAUGCUGGUAUAUACUGCUUUCUGGAUCUGUGCUCAUGAAGGAUUCCAUGUUUUUACCACCUUGCAGUUUUGGCAAGCAGUCUGGAGGGAAACGAGGAUGCGAAUGUAUCAUAUUGGAGCCUUCAGAAAUGAUUGUGGUGGAGAACUCCAAAGACAAUGAGGAAAACAUCUUGCAGAGAGAAGUCCCGCUCAGGCAGUCCCGUCGGAGGUUUCGGAAGAUCAACCAGAGGGGCGAGCGGCAGACCAUCACCGACAACGUGGACUCCAGCAGUUACUUGUCGCUUCCAGCUGACCUCACCAAGAUGCAUCUUACCGACAACCCUCAUCCUCAGGUGACCCACGUCCCUUCCAGCCAGUCGGGAUGUAGCAUUGCCAGUGAUUCGGGGAGCAGCAGCCUAUCUGAUAUUUACCAGGCUACAGAAAGUGAGAUGGGAGACGUUGAUUUAACAGGUCUGCCAGAAGCACCUGUAGACUCUGAAGAUGAAGAAGAAGAGGAGGAUGAAGACAUUGACAGAACUUCAGAUCCGCUUCUGGGGCGAGAUGUUGUACGAGAGUGCCUGGAGAAAGAGCCUGCAGAUAAAACUGAUGAUGAUAUUGAGCAAUUAUUGGAAUUUAUGCAUCAGCUCCCUGCCUUUGCAAACAUGACCAUGUCGGUGAGAAGAGAACUUUGCUCAGUGAUGAUAUUUGAAGUAGUAGAGCAAGCAGGAGCCAUCAUACUUGAAGACGGCCAAGAACUCGAUUCCUGGUAUGUUAUUUUAAAUGGCACAGUGGAAAUCAGCUAUCCUGAUGGAAAGAGUGAGAGUCUCUGCAUGGAGAAUAGCUUUGGGAUUACACCCUCUCUGGACAAGCAGUACAUGAAUGGAGUGGUCAGAACCAAAGUGGAUGAUUGUCAGUUUGUGUGUAUAGCCCAGCAAGACUACUGGAGGAUUCUGAACCACGUGGAGAAGAACACUCAUAAAGUGGAGGAAGAAGGAGAAAUUGUUAUGGUAAAGGAGCAUCGAGAGCUGGAUCGCAGUGGAACCAGAAAAGGACACAUAGUUAUCAAGGCAACACCCGAGCGACUCAUCAUGCACUUAAUAGAGGAACACUCUAUUGUGGAUCCAACCUACAUCGAAGAUUUCCUUUUGACGUACAGAACAUUUCUGACAAGCCCCCUGGAAGUUGGAAAUAAACUCUUGGAGUGGUUCACAGUGGACAGCCUCAGGGAUAAGGUUACCAGAGUGGUCUUACUGUGGGUGAACAAUCAUUUUAACGACUUUGAAGGGGAUCCUGCUAUGACUCGAUUUCUGGAAGAAUUUGAAAAGAACUUGGAAGAUACGAAAAUGAAAGGACAUCUCAGAUUGCUGAAUAUUGCCUGUGCUGCCAAAGCGAAAUGGAGACAAAUUACCCUGCAAAAACCUUCUAGAGAUUCGCCGCUGUUUUUCAGCCUCCUUGGAGGAAGCGACAAGGGCUUUGGUAUUUUUGUAGAGACUGUGGAAAUAGGCAGUAAAGCAGCAGAAGCUGGACUGAAGCGUGGUGAUCAGAUAAUGGAAGUAAAUGGACAGAAUUUUGAAAACAUUACCUUUGUAAAAGCUCUGGAAAUCUUAAGGAACAACACUCAUCUCUCAAUCACUGUAAAAACAAACAUUUUUGUGUUCAAGGAGCUGCUCUGCAGGAUAGGACAAGAGAAGAAUGGAAUUCCGCAUAUUCCAAAAAUUGCAGAAAAGAAAAACAACCGUUACUCUAUCCCAGAUAUGCCUGGAGAUGUGGAACAGAUGUUUCCCCGUGAAAAAGGAAACAAGAAAAUGAAAGCAAACACUGUUUCUGGUGGGAGAAACCGAAUCAGGAAGAUUUUAGACAAGACCCGAUUCAGCAUCUUGCCGCCAAAAUUGUUCAGUGACGGUAGCGUGAGCCAGUCGCAGGACGACAGCAUCGUCGGGACUCGGCAGUGCAGGCACAGCCUGGCCAUCAUGCCCAUCCCGGGAACGCUCUCCUCCAGCAGCCCGGACCUGCUGCAGCCUACAACUAGCAUUCUGGAUUUCUCUAAUCCUUCAGCUGUUGGGUUUUACUAUAUCCCGGAUCAAGUAAUAAGAGUUUUCAAAGCGGAUCAGCAGAGUUGUUACAUUAUCAUCAGCAAAGACACUACAGCAAAAGAGGUGGUGAGUCACGCCGUCCACGAGUUCAACUUGACGGGCGCCCCGGAGACCUACUCCCUGUGCGAGGUGUCCGUCAGCCCCGAGGGAGUCAUCAAGCAGCGGAGGCUCCCAGAUCAGUUCUCCAAACUGGCCGACAGGAUUCAACUCAAUGGACGGUAUUAUCUGAAAAACAAUAUGGAGACGGAGACCUUGUGCUCAGAUGAGGAUGCUCAGGAGCUGCUGAGAGAAAGCCAAAUUUCCCUCCUACAGCUGAGCACCAUUGAGGUCGCCACUCAGCUCUCCAUGAGAGACUUUGAAUUAUUUCGCAAUAUUGAGCCUACAGAAUACAUCGAUGACCUUUACAAGCUGGACUCCAAAACAGGGAAUGCUCACCUGAAGCAGUUUGAGGAUGUCAUAAAUCAAGAGACCUUCUGGGUUGCCAUGGAGAUUUUAGCAGAGCCCAACCAACUCAAAAGGAUGAAGAUUAUUAAGCAUUUCAUUAAAAUUGCCCUCCACUGUCGAGAAUGCAAGAACUUCAAUUCCAUGUUCGCGGUUAUAAGCGGGUUAAAUCUCGCGCCGGUGGCACGGCUCCGAGGCACUUGGGAGAAGCUACCGAGCAAGUACGAAAAGCACCUCAGAGACCUGCAAGACCUAUUUGAUCCGUCUCGAAACAUGGCAAAAUACCGCAACAUCCUCAGCAGCCAGAGCAUGCAGCCUCCAAUUAUUCCACUUUUUCCUGUUGUCAAGAAGGAUAUCACGUUUCUGCAUGAAGGAAAUGAUUCGAAAGUGGACGGCCUGGUGAAUUUUGAGAAGCUCAGGAUGAUUGCCAAAGAAAUUCGCCAAGUGGUCCGAAUGACCUCUGCGAACAUGGAUCCGGCUGUGAUGUUCCGACAAAGGAAGAAGAGGUGGAGAAGUUUGGGAUCUCUGAGCCAGGGCAGCACGAACUCGAACAUGCUGGAUGUACAAGGAGGGGCUCACAAGAAGCGUGCCCGACGCAGCUCCCUCGCCAAGAAGCUGUACGAGGAUGCCCAGAUGGCGAGGAAGGUGAAGCAGUACUUGUCCAACCUGAAUGUAGAGACGGACGAAGAGAAGAUCCAGAUAUUGUCACUUCAGUGUGAGCCUGCGUACAGCACUUUGACGAAGAAUUUAAGUGAGAGAAGAGGAGCGAAGCCCUCGGAAAUGUCUCCAGUACCCAUGAGGUCAAUUGGCCAAACGAAAGCCCAUCAGCAUCAACAAAACAGGAUGAGUCAAGUUCUUCAGGUUCCAACUGUGAAUUUGUACCCCAGCAGGAAAAAGGGACUGACCAAGGAUCAUGUCACCUUCAGUACAGGCUCCCCCCAGAAGUCAUUAAGCUUGUCUGAGGAAGUAAGUAGUAAGAAACAAACAGAGGACACUAUGUCCAUGGCAUCGUCUUUGCACUCCAGCCCACCUGCUUCUCCUCAGGGCUCUCCACGCAAAGUUGGUAACAUCCAGCGGUCGGAUAACUGCAGUCAGAUGAAUCUCUCUGGCUCCUCCUCAUCACUGGCCAGUGAAACCAGCAACAAGAACAGUGGACAACGCAGCUAUGGAAUAGGCUACGCCCUCAUACCUUCCACUAAAUCUGAUAACUUCUCGGACUCCAGUCACAGUGAGAUUUCAUCCCGGUCCAGCAUCGUGAGCAACUGCUCAGUGGACUCGAUGUCGGCAGCGCUGCAGGACGAGAGGAGUUUGUCCCAGUCUCUCAUUGUGGUGGAUUCGGGGGGACCAGAGAGAAAAGAGCAUCCUCAGCCGCUGGCUGAUUACGGCCAGCCGUGCCCAGGGGAAGCCGGGGGUGGCUGGUCAGUCACGAGGCCGGCUCUCAUCAGAGGGAUGGCUUUCACAUCCUCCAUGAGCAGCGAGGAGAUCUCCCAUGAACAUAUCACGAUAGAGGCAGCAGACAGCGGCCGGGGAAGCUGGACUUCAUGCUCAAGUAGUUCUCAUGACAACUUCCAGAAUAUCCCAAACCAGAAGAGCUGGGAUCUCCUCAAUUCUUACCGUCACACCCAGCUGGACGGACCUAUAGCCGAGGUGGAUCCCACAAACUGUUACUCUGAGGAGGCUUAUUUGUGUUCUGAAGCCUUUCCCAAAACCAACAGGCAGUCGAAAGCCAGCGUGGAGCUCGAUCAGUCUCGGCAGAGCUGGGCCUCCUCCAGCUCGCUGUCGGACACUUACGAGACAAACUAUGGGACGAUUAAGCGGAGGGGCCUAGAGAACUCUACAGGAGAGCAAACGGAGGUUUUGGACUCUAAACCCGGCGCUGACGCAAGUUACAAAACUGUUACUUCGAGUACAGAGAAAGGCCUGAUAGUGUACUGUGUCACCUCACCUAAGAAGGACGAUAGGUAUAGGGAGCCACCGCCCACCCCUCCGGGAUAUAUGGGGAUUUCUUUAGCGGACAUAAAGGAAGGAUCGCCCCACCACCCACACCUAAAACCUCCCGACUAUAGUGUGGCAGUGCAGAGGUCAAAGAUGCUGCACAGCGACCUCUCUAGACUUUCGUCAGCUGCUCUCGGUAGUGAACCGGUGGCCUCUGUUUCCUCGAAGAUGCCUCAGUGGCAUAGCCGGCAGCCGUCCAGCCCCAAGCUAGCAGAUAUGACGGGCGCAGAUAGUGAAGAGGAUGAAGACGAACAAGUAUCAGCCGUCUAA